AUGAUCCCUCAAUUCCUGACGGGGCUAGCUGCCCUUGCUGUGCUGCCUGUGUCGGCGUCCCCCCAUGCCCUCUCGCGCAGAGGAACUGUCGACUCAGACCAAUUGGUCGGGCUCCCACAGACAAUUCCGAGCGGCGCUACCGGCGACUUGUAUUCGGCCUAUCAGCCCCAUCUCAAGGUAGUCAAUGGUUGCGUUCCUUUCCCAGCAGUGGAUGCAGAAGGAAACACAAAUGCUGGCCUCAACCCUACCGGCUCCACAAACGGCGACUGCAGUAGCAGUACAGGCCAAAUUUAUGUGAGAAGCGGCUCUUCGGGUGACAAGUACGCUGUGAUGUAUUCGUGGUACUUCCCCAAAGAUGAAGCUUCCACCGGCCUUGGACACCGCCAUGAUUGGGAGGGCGUGAUCGUCUGGCUCGCCGAUUCUUCCAGCACUGCUGCUUCCAACAUCCUGGCCGUCUGCCCAUCGGCACACGGCGGCUGGGACUGCAGCACCAGUGACUUCACCCUUGAUGGCACCUCGCCUCUGAUCAAGUAUGAAUCGGUUUGGCCUUUAAAUCACUCUUGUGGUCUCACCACCACCGUGGGCGGUACACAGCCUAUGGUUGCCUGGGAAUCGUUGUCCACUGUCGUUCAAAAUGCUUUGGAUACCACUGACUUCGUUAAGGCCAAUGUGCCUUUCAACGAAAAUAACUGGGCUUCCAACUUGGAAAAGGCAACCUUCUCCAGCUAG